GAACUUGCCAAAUCGACCCGUGCUUUUGGUCAAUUACGCGGUGAAAGAUGAUCUCCUCUGACGCUAAGCUCCAAAAAAGUGGCUGCUCGACUCCUCGUCUCUCACGUGCAACAAAGAAUCCGUUGGAUCACUUGAACUCUUUGCACUAGUUUUCCGGAUGCAGAGCCGAGCUUUUGUGGAACAUGUCAUGGAUAAAGGAAGGAUCAAGGAGUUGUCAAGGGGUGCAAAGCAGUUAUGCAAUGCUUUACAAAGGCUGGCUUUUGCCAAGGAGAGAAGCUCGCCGCUAAUGCCGAUCUGUCUGCAGUAGCAAAGGCGCGUGGCAUUGACUUCUUCCUGGUGGCAUUUGUCGACCUGCGGGGUGUCUUGCGGACAAAGAUGGUCCCCAGCAGUGCCAUCAAACAGAUUCAACGUGAUGGAGCAGGAUUCGCACCAGCAGCGACAUGGCUGGAUUUCGGGCCGCAUGCGGCAGACCUUCUGGUGAUGCCCGACGCCAGUACUUUGCUCCAGGUACCUUUCAGUCCGGAGCUGGCAGUGGUUAUGGGCGAUUGUUUCAUCGAAGGAAAAGAAGUAGCACAGUCACCGCGUGCAGUGUUGAAGGCCCAGAUCGCAGAAGCCCAGAAGCGCGGUUACGUGUUGAAGUCCGGCGUGGAGGCAGAAUUCUUCAUUCUAUCUGCGCAGAAUGAUAGCAUUUCUGAUGAGCGGGACAUCCAAAGCAAGCCGUGUUAUGAUGCUCAAUCGAUGAUGCGAAGAUACGCACUGUUAGCAGACAUCGUGAAGACCUUGAAUGCCUGCGACUUCGGGGUGUAUCAAACAGAUCAUGAAGAUGCCAACGGUCAAUUUGAGAUCAACUGGCACUACCGGGAUUGUCUUACAACCGCAGAUCAACACGUCUUCUUCAAAUGGGCAGUCAAGACCUUGGCUGAGCGCCACGGCUUCCGUGCAACCUUCAUGCCCAGACCCUUCAGCAAUCUCAGUGGGAAUGGAUGCCACAUCCAUUGCUCCCUCUGGUCGGGGGAGAAGAAUGUCUUCGAGGGCAAGGAGAGCAUUUCGGACUUGGCUUUGCAGUUCUUGGGCGGAGUCCUGGCGAAAGCUCCAAGCUUCUGUGCGGUUACUAACCCAACGGUGAACUCCUACAAGCGGCUAAAUGGUGCCGCCACCGCUUCUGGUUACACCUGGUCUCCGAACCGUGUGUCGUGGAGCGGCAACAAUCGGAGUCACAUGGUCCGGGUUCCGGACAAUGAUCGUUUUGAGCUCCGAUUGGCGGAUGGAGCGGUGAACCCAUAUUUGUUGCCUGCCUUGAUGAUGGCCUGUGGAUUUUGGGGGAUUGAUACGAAGGCUGAUCCAGCAAAGUGCUCAUUCCCCGCCGAUGUGAAUAUGUACGAGAUUCCUGAUGGCUCGCCCAAGUUGGAAGGUAUUGCCUCGUUGCCGAGGAACCUUAUCGAUGCCACGCGAGCAUUGGAAAGUGACAAAGACUUAUCAGCUCUGCUAGGUGCAGACUUCAUGAGAGCCUUCAUCAAGCUUCAAAAGCUGGAAUGGGCAGACUUUUCAGCUCAUCUCUCCACCUGGGAGCUGAUGCAAACCCUUGAUUGCUGAAGCCGCAGUC